CCAGCUGUAAACAGAAAUUUUAACCUUCGAGAGUUUCAGUUGAGCUAGCACCGGUAUACCAGAAAGGAGUAUCUGCUAGUGAAUACAAGUUCACCCAGUGCUAAAUUCGAAUAUAAGACGUGGAUUCAAUUGCUCACAUCACGCACCUCCGACAUAUUGUUGAAAGCGAUGGCGUGGGAGAAACCGGAUUGGCUCGACGCAUGUUGCAUACAAAAUUACCUGCAGCAAUCUGCAGAAAUCGAAUCGCUGGAAGUAACCGGUAUAACCGUUGAACCGGCGGUGGAGGAGGGGGAAAAUUUUUGCAGUGAUAUAUAUCGCGUGGUUGUGGAAUUGUCGUGGGUUGAGCGAGGUCAUAAAGUUGCCGGGAAGAGAUGUUACGUAUUAAAAGUUGCGCCGCAUGAUAAAAUUCGAGAAAAACAGGUUAUGGAAACCGGAAUAUUUCAAAGGGAAAUGUCGAUAGUGACGAAUGUUUUGCCGAGGAUAAAUGAAAUGAUGCCUAAAUUAAAUAUCCCGCGAUUCAAUCCGCUCUUUCAUCACGUCCAAUGCGAAAAACCACUUCUUCUGAUGAUGGAAGACUUGAAAGCGAAUGGCUAUGAGACAGCAAAUCGCCAAAUGGGCCUCGACCUGGACCACUCUCUGAUGGUCAUGAAGAAUAUCGCCAUAUUUCACGCCUGUUCUGUGGCGCUUGAUGAGCAGGACCCAAAUGCUGUGACGAAGUACAGGCGGGGGAAAUUUCGUGAUGACGAGACUGUUGAGGUGCGAAAAUAUUACAAGGAAAAUAUUAUAAACCUUGCAGGAACAAUGAAAAAUUGGCACGAGAUAGACCCGCGGAUUCCAGAAAAAAUAUUAAAGCUGUCCGAAUCCGCACAUAAAAAGGGAUGCGAUGGUUACCGUUAUCAACCGGGUGGUUUCAAUGUUCUUAACCAUGGAGACUUAUGGAUAAACAAUAUCAUGUUUCGCUAUGACGAAUAUCACAAGCCUGUCGAUGUUAUGUUCGUGGACUUUCAACUCUGUCAUCAGGCCUCACCGGCUGCAGACAUUCUCCACUUUUUUGCCACGAGUCUGUCGGACGAUGUAGAAUUAAAUUACCGUGAAAAACUCGUUCUCGAGUAUCACGUCUGGUUGACCAGCACGAUGGCAAACCUCGAGUGCAAGACGAAGACACCGAGCUACAACGAGUUGCGUGAUAUACUGGAAAAACAUGCUUUCAUUGAAACGAUUAUAUCUUUCAACUCAUUGCCGAAUUUUAUAAAAGAUAGAAGCCAAAAAAUGAAUCUUGCCAACCUAUUUUCACCAAAAGAUGGGCAGUUUUUCAAUCCAGCCCACCAGGGGACGCGAUAUAAACAGAUUAUGACGAGACGUCUGCCAAUGUAUGACAGUAUGGGGCUUCUGGACUCGUGAAAUUAUUGCGGAAUUAGUUUCUGUACGAAAUUUUGCGUGUUAAGAAAAUUGCAAGUAUCAUGGCGUUAAAAAUACCGGAGCUUCUUGUAACGAUUGGCUUCAUGUUGUUCGAGGUACAGGUCAAUUAAUUUUUUUCAAAUAACGAUCAUAAUAUUGGUGUAUGGAAAUAUGGUUGUUACAAGAAUUACAGAAAGUUUUAUCAGUUAGCAACUCUCAGAAGUUUCAACUUCUGACCCUUAUGCCACGAGUUACAACAGGCAAGGCUAUGCGUUCGUCGAAUAUAUUAAUUGUUCCCGAGAGAUUUUGUUCGCAAUUUAAAAAUGUUUGCUAGUACAAAAAAAUACGUCAUUUGAUUCAUUUUUUUCUCUUUUUUAUGUAAUUCACUUAUCUUGACAAGGUUAUACGAGUCGCAAAUGUCAGCCAAUUAUACUGCAUUCAUUCUGAAAUUGCACAAGCGUAGUGGGGAUAUAUGUGCAGUCACGUGUAAUCUCUUAUCGAGUGCGUGACUUAUAGAUACACAAUGGAUCAAUGCUUGUUAUUUUAUCAUCAUCGUGAUGCUCAUACCUGUAGAAACAAAGAAGUCGCUGCCCCGUCUACCUUAUAAUUUAAAUAUAAAGUCAGAUUGUUUAAUCUUCUUUCCCAACCGUGACCCUUGUCAGUGUCAAAUGAAUAAAUAAAUAUUCCGCCUUAUCUCUGUACGUACGAUAAUUACAAGGUGCUGUAACGUAGUGACGGAUUAUUUUGGUGGAAUUCGAAAAAACAAGAGCAAAAAAAAAAAAAAAUCCUUCAAGAUUUAGAUUUGUAGGAAAUUGCCAGAUAAUUUGCGUGGAUUGAAGCUGCCUUGAUGAUUGAUUCUUCAUUACAUGACUUGCUCCCACCGCACGCACAAUGGCAUAGCCUUGAACGUUGUCCGCAUUCACGAAAGGUUUGAAUUUUCAACUGACUGAAAGGAUGCACACGCCACACCGUUUGGAUCCUGUAUCGGCCGAAUGAAAUCCACGCUACCUACGACAAGGCUAUAUAAGAACGACGAGGAGACGAGAACUCGUUUCAUUGCAAAAGGAAGAUCCGCGCCGCGUUACUGCAUAACAGAUUUCGUGUUUUCUGUGAAAUUUUGCUAGUGAUAACCAUUUAAUGCCAAGGACUACGCGAGUUAUU